ACAAUUCAAUACAUAAAAUAUUUAUUUUUUGACACUGUUGCAUAGCUUCUCCUGCUUCAAAUUGAAACUCAUCCCAAAAUCAAAUUGAAUCACAAAAUGGGUCACUCAGAAAUCUUCAAUUCCGCUCGAAAUUUCGCAGUUAUGGUCAGAAUUCGCGGUCCUGACCCAAAAGGAAUGAAGAUGAGAAAACACGCUUUUCAUCAUUACCGUUCUGGUGAGACAACUCUUUCUGCUUCUGGGUUGCUUGUACCUGAUACCCUUUGUGAUACUCAAGUAGCUAAGCGUUUAUAUGGUGAUAGGUUUGAGGAUAGGGUAUUGGUUGUGACGGUUGCUUCGGUUGUUGAGCCUUUUCUAUCUCCUCAUCAUAGAGAGAAUAUUCCUCAGGGUAGGCCUGAUUUGAUUUCUGGUGUUCGAAUUGAUAUUAUGACAGAGAAAACCAAUGAAGAAUCUGAUCAAGGAACUCCGAGUUGGCUUGAGGGGCAGCUAUUGUCAUUAGUUGAUAUUCCUGCUUCAGCCCUUUGUGUACAGUCACUUGUUGAAACGUCUCGAGGCUUGUCAGAGCAUGAAUGGGAGGUUGGUUGGUCUUUGGCAUCUCACAAUAACGAAUCUCAAUCCUCUAAAGAUAAUUUUCAAACUCAGGGGAGGAUAUCGGAGGGAGGAUCGGGUAGUUCAAGUGUUAUGUGCAAAUCACUGACUAGAAUGGCCAUUCUUAGUGUUUCUUUAUCUCUCAAGGACUCACUGAACUAUCAAAAACCUUCCAUGAAUAAAAGGGGUGAUUUCCUUCUGGCAGUUGGGUCUCCCUUUGGAGUUCUAUCAUCUACACACUUCUUUAACAGUUUAUCAGUUGGAUGCAUUGCAAAUUGUUAUCCUCCUAAUUCAUCUGAUGGAUCGUUGCUGAUGGCUGACAUACGCUGUCUUCCUGGAAUGGAAGGCAGUCCAGUUUUCAACGAGCAUGCGUGUCUUACUGGUGUCCUGAUCAGACCAUUGAGACAGAAGACAAAUGGAGCUGAAGUUCAGCUGGUGAUUCCAUGGGAAGCCAUUGUGAAGGCUUCUAGUGGCUUGCUGCGGACAUGUCCUCAAAACACAACAGAAGGAUUACAUUAUCAAGAGGGAAACUCUUAUGCUCCAGGAAAGAGACCUUUUAUCGACUACGAGAGAUCAGAAACUCGUGUACCUUCUAGUAAUAAACACGAGCAUUUAAAUUUUGGUAGCUCUUCACCAUUACUAAUCGAGAGGGCAAUGGCUUCUGUAUGUCUUAUUACUAUUGGUGAUGGAGUAUGGGCAUCUGGCGUUUUGUUAAACAGUCAAGGUCUCGUACUUACAAAUGCCCAUCUGUUAGAACCUUGGAGAUUUGGGAAAACUCAUGUAAGCGGCAGAGGAUAUGGAACCAACCCGGAAAAUUUUCCUUCCAUAUUGGAGGGAACUACUCUUGAGCAGAGGAGAUAUAAAUUGAACCCAACUUAUGACAACCAUAGAAAUAUACGUGUACGGCUUGAUCAUAUCAAGCCUUGGGUUUGGUGUGAUGCUAAAGUAAUAUAUGUCUGUAAAGGACCGUGGGAUGUUGCCUUACUGCAGCUUGAACCAGUUCCGGCUAAUCUUUUGCCUAUUGUAACAAGUUUUUCCAGGCCAUCCACAGGAUCAAAGGCAUAUGUCAUUGGCCAUGGAUUAUUUGGCCCGAAGUGUGGAUUCUUCCCAUCUGUUAGCUCGGGUGUGGUAGCGAAAGUGGUUGAAGCAAAGACUCCUCAAUCUUAUCAUUCCAUUCUACCCGAGCACAUGCAUACCCGUGUCCAUUUCCCAGCAAUGCUUGAAACAACAGCUGCUAUUCAUCCUGGUGCUAGUGGCGGUGCUGUUAUCAAUUCAGACGGUCACAUGAUUGGUCUGGUUACAAGCAAUGCAAGGCACGGCGGUGGAUCGAUAAUACCUCAUCUUAAUUUUAGCAUUCCAUCUGCAGCUUUGGCACCUAUCUUCAAGUUUGCAAAAGACAUGCUUGAUUCAUCACUUUUGCGGAUUCUAGACGAACCGGACGAGUACAUUUCAUCUAUUUGGGCGUUGAUGCGACCAUCUCCUCCAAAGCUCAAUCCCGCACCUGAUCAACCACAGUCUCGACUAGACAAUAAAAGCAAAGAAGAGAAGGGUUCUCAGUUUGCUAAGUUUAUUGCUGAAAGAAAGGAUAUUUUCAAUGACCCUAUUCAUGUUGGAAAGAGUGGAGUGCUUUCUAAGGAUGUUAUUCCUAGUAAGUUAUGAUGUCUGUUGAAAAUCAUUGAAGUUUACUUGAGCUGGAUGAGAAAGCAUUGCCUGAAAGUAAUGUCUAAUGUAUUUCCUUGUGAUCUGUAUUUUUUGGAUUUGGAGAUUAUGUACUUUUUAUUACUGAUUAGUGAUAAGAAAAUCCAGGAAAUAUUUUUUUGUACUUUGUAUAAAUGAAAAUAUUUUCACCAACA